AUGGCGGACAAAAAAGCAUCACCAGCAUCGCCGGAGGCUGAGCAUCUUGAAUCCGAAGUGAAGAUAGACCCUUCUAGUCUCCUACCUACACAAGCGAGAGAACCAUAUGGCGAGGCUGGUCUAAAGGGUAUUGUCAACAACAAAUAUGUCUGCACUUGCGCAGCCUUCGCUACGCUGGGUGGUGCGAUGUUUGGCUAUGACCAGGGCGUUGUGAGUGUGACUCUUACAAUGGACCAGUUUCUUGAGAAGUUUCCGGAAGUCAGCGCCAAUGCUUCAGGUGGUGGCUUUAUGAAAGGCAUUCUGACGGCGAUGAUCGAACUGGGUGCUUUCUUGGGUGCUAUGAACCAAGGAUGGCUAGCAGAUAAAAUCUCUCGAAAGUGGUCCAUAAUGGCCGCAGUCAUCAUCUUCAUCUUUGGAGCGGCCUUACAAACUGGAGCAACAAGCUUUGCUAUGCUUGUUGGGGCUCGCUUUGUAGGAGGAAUUGGGGUUGGCAUGCUUGCAAUGGUGGCACCACUGUACAUCUCCGAGAUUGCACCUCCCGAAAUUCGCGGCACGUUACUCGUGUUGCAAGAACUGAGUAUAGUCACGGCUAUUGUUGUCGCUUUCUACAUCACAUAUGGUACUCGCUAUAUCCCUGGUGAAUGGUCAUGGCGCCUUCCGUUCCUGAUUCAGAUGGUUCCUGCCAUAUUCCUCGGCGUUGGAAUACCGUUUCUCCCAUAUUCACCGCGCUGGCUCGCUGGAAGAGGUCGAGACGAGGAAGCCUUACAAACUCUCUGCAAGCUGCGAGGCGUCAGCGAAACCGACGAGCGUGUCUUGAGAGAAUGGGUUGACAUCCGGUCAGAAGUUGCCUACUGCAAAGAACUGAGUGCUACGCGCCAUCCUAAAUGUCAAGAUGGGACGAUCUUUAGUCGUUUCAUGCUUCAUGUAUGGAGCUACCUAGACUGUUUCCGCAAGGGCUGCUGGAAACGGACCCAUGUGGGUAUAGGUAUUAUGUUCUUUCAACAGUUCGGUGGUGUGAACGCUCUGAUUUACUAUUCGCCCAGUCUCUUCGAAGGGAUGGGACUGAAUUACUUCAUGCAGCUGAAUAUGUCUGGGGUUCUCAACAUCUGUCAGAUGAUUGCUUGCAUAGGGUCUCUCUGGGGUAUGGAUAAAUUUGGUCGUCGGCCAUUGCUCUUCACUGGUGCAAUUUGCAUGGUUCUCUCUCAUUUCAUUAUUGCCAUAUUGAUGAGCCAGUUCCAAUCAGACUGGGAAUCACAUACAGGGGAGGCCUGGGUUUGCGUAGCAUUCCUCUUCUUUUUCAUGUUAACUUAUGGAGCCUCGUGGGGCCCUAUCCCCUGGGCAAUGCCAGCUGAGAUCUUCCCCUCUUCGCUGCGUGCGAAGGGUAUGGCAUACUCAACCAUGUCCAACUGGUUGAACAACUUUAUCAUUGGUCUCAUCACCCCGCCCCUCGUGCAAAAUACGGGAUAUGGAACGUAUGUGUUUUUCUGUGUCUUUUGUGCUUUGUCUUUUGUCUGGACUUGGUUCUUCGUCCCGGAGACUAUGGGACGUACCCUGGAAGAGAUGGAUGAGGUUUUCCAAGACAACACUGGCAGUGAUGAAAGGGAUCAACGUUCUAGGAUUGAAGCUACUAUCUGGUCGCAUGUGGCGGCAAACCCUCGUCAAAACAUUGAACAAGUCGCUUGA